CAGCUGGUAGAGAAACUGCCAGUCAUUGUUGUUUAGAAACAAUCUGUUCGGAAUAACUUCAGUAUCUCUAGUGUUGCUGUGAAUUUCUGUCCAAUGGCGGGCAUUUUAACGACAUCGUUGCUUUCAUUAAGUUUCGUUUUCGUAACUUUGAUAUUCAUUUUCUACCUAUUCGUCAAAUCCCUUUACGCAUACUUUGAAAAAAGAAACAUCCCUUACGACAAACCAACCUUCCCUUUUGGGAGUUUCUAUUCAUGCGCUUUUUUGAAGAAAUCUUUCGCAACAGUUAUAUCUGACGUUUACUUCAAAUACAAAAAACACAAAUUAGUGGGCUUUUACUCCUUUUGGAAAAAACAAAUCCUCAUAGCUGACCCUGAAAUAAUAAAGAACAUUCUGGUCAAGGACUUUGACGUGUUUGCCGAUAGAGGUGUUUACUACAAUAAACAGAAAGAUCCUUUGUCAGCUCACUUGUUCGCUCUGGACGGCAAAGAAUGGAAACCUCUUCGAGUCAAGAUUACUCCGACCUUCACAUCGGGGAAGAUCAAAGGCAUGUUCGACACAAUUGUGAACUGCGCGGAGGAAAUGAACACCUACGUUGAAACUAAAAUGUCCCAGGAUAAGGUUGUGGAUGUUUUAAAGGCAUUCUCUAGGUACGGACUGGCUGUGAUAGCCAAUAUUGGGUUUGGACUGGAUAGUGACGCUCUGAAGAACGACGACUCCUCCUUUGUGAAGAUGGUCUAUAGGAUGUUGGAGCCUACGGUGGAGAGGUUUGCAGCGUUCAUGUUGGCAUUCAAUGAGAACCUUGCUAAGAUGCUUGAUGCGCGAGUGACGCCAAAAGUUGUGUCAGACUUCUUCCUUGGGAUGGUCUCUGAGACAAUCAAGUACCGAGAGACACACCAUGUAGUCAGGAACGACUACCUUCAACUGCUUUUACAGCUGAGGGAGUCUGGGCUCACGAAUGAGGAAGGGGAAGGCUACAACUUCACCAAUGAAGAGAUAGCAGCUCAAUCCUUCGUGUUUAUCCUUGCUGGGUCUGAGACUACUUCAGCGACGCUGAGUUUCUGUCUGUACGAGCUCGCGCUGAACAAGUCAGUGCUGCACACGCUGCUGACGGAAGUCGACUCUCUUACAUCAAUCACAUACGAUAGCAUCAACUCUCUGCCGUACUUGGACAUGGUUAUUGACGAAACCUUACGCAAGUAUCCCCCUCUAGGCUUCCUCAAUCGUGUUUGUUCCCGCGACUACUACGUACCUCAGGCUGACACCACCAUUGAGGCGGGAACACAGAUCUUCAUCUCCAUACAGGGUCUUCACAACGAUCCCACUUUCUUUCCCGAACCAGAAAAAUUCAAUCCAGAAAGAUUUAGCAAAGAAAACAGAGAGAAAAUAAAACAGUACACCUACAUGCCAUUUGGAGAAGGCCCACGCUUCUGCAUAGGUAUGAGGUUCGCCAAGGUGACGGUCAAGACGGCACUGGUGACUCUUCUCAGGCGAUUCCAGUUCCGAUUGGACGCAAAUGUUCCGAUUCCAUCUAAAAUUGAGCCCAGAACUGUCAUCACACUUCCGGCGGGAGGCAUGUCGGUCAUACUGGAGCCUAGAUCAGCUGUUUUGACUGGCAGAGCGUAAAUCUAGAACUCAGGAUAAAAUGAGAGAAUGUUCUUAGUACUUAAGAAAAGAUGUGCCGUUGACUUUUAGUAGGUACUGAAGUGUAGACACCCCAUCUACAUGGAUCAGUAGUUGUAGACAUGUUUCAUUUAAUAAGUACAUAAUUGAAUGAAUUAUAUGACUUUAUUAUUUCGUUUAAGUUACUGUGAUAGUUUUUGAAAUGUGUUGUUAGUUUUUAUUUAAUCCUUCAACACCAAGUUCACAACUUUGUAAUUUUUUUAUGUUUUCUUGAUAACGUUUGUUUUUAAAGCUUAAUAGUUAUUGUAAAAAUUGUAAACAUUUAUACUAUGUAGAACACUUAAUGUAAUAAAUCAUUCACUCAUUCACUUAAUUGAAAGAAAGACGCUUUGGCAAAUAACGUCUAUUCUAUGGUAGUUCUAAUGGAUUUAAGUAAACUUUCUCAUUUUAAAUUGAUCCAUUUACUAAAUUAAUAAUGUCCAAAUACAUGAUGCAUAUUUUAAAUGGUAUAUGCAUAUUUUUUUUAAUUGGGAUGUUAUUUCUUAAAGUUAAAUUUGCAUUGAACAGAAUAGAAAAAUAACGUUAGGU